UCAAAGCCGGCGGUUUUAUCCUGGGAUUUGUGGUGCACAGACUUGGGCACCCCCUUCAUUUAAACGUCAAUACCCUCCCAGCAGUGGUUAUUCCUUAGGACCAAGUAUUGUUCUUCCCAGAAGCUCUCUUUCCAAAGAUCGGUUUACUCCAAAUUCCUUUAUCAGAGUGGAGAGAGAUUUUAGAGUCAGAGGACCUUAAAUCCAUCUGGUUUCUGCCAUAACCAGGGGUGGCAAGUCCUCCUUGUAAAACAGGGAAAAAUGAUUCUUAACCAGCAAGGUUACUGACUGAGACGGGGCAGGUCAUCCUCUAAGCGGUUAUAGUUCGGCAAUGAUAGAUGGUCAAUAAAUCCUCAUUUUGAUAAGGACCUUGGGACACAGACAAAUGAAUGGGAGGGGAGAAGAUUUGAAAUUCUGGCCGCUUUCCAGCAGUGGGGAAGAAAGGGCUCGCGGUCGGGAUAAAGGGCCCAUCUUAAAUAAAGUCGCUCCUCAUUAGGGGGCGCUCUCUCUAGCCGUUUCACGAACUUCAUAAUCCCUGUUAAAGGACAUCAGGCUCUCCUUGCUAAGUCACUCUUGGUCUUAAAGUACUUCUACAUCUUAAUAGGGAACUCUUCUAAUCAAUCCCUGUCACUUGUAGUAUUAAGACCAACCAAAGUCUACACGGAGGUUCUUCAGGUGGUUUGAGAAAGUGGGACUUUUGACUGUCAGCUACCAGCUCUCCAACUCUACUCCCACCGUCGAAUGUGGAGCGGGCGUGUUCUCAGCUCGCAGCGAGGGUUUAAUUUCCAUUUCCUCCCGGUGGCUCUCCACGCUCCGGGGAGGUGGGGCGCCUGCCAUCCGCGUGUGGUUUUGGGGUAGUAACCUCUUGUGGCGCAGCCGCCCUCCUCCACCCACAGCGGAGGCCGUGACGUCACGGGCCUGGCCCGGGUCCCCGCCCGGCCUAUAAAGCCGCAGGUGCGCGCCGCGCCUCCGGAAUGUUCGCACACCUUUUGCCCGCGCCCGAGUCGGAACCGAGGGAUCCCGAGGCGAGCUGUAGGCGCUCGUCCAGCGCCCGAGCCCGGCCGGGCGGCGAGCACGGCCGCACACUCCCUCCUGUCCGCUCUCUCUUCCGCCACCUCCUGUUCCAGCCGCGACUCCCGGCCGAGUUGCCCCAGAGACCGCGACGCCGCCGCCGCGCCGAGGGACCAAUGAGAGCCCCGCUGCUGCCGCCGGCGCCCGUGGUGCUGUCGCUCCUGAUCCUGGGCUCAGCCCAUUAUGCUGCUGGAUCAGCUGCCAAUGACACCUCCUCUGGAAAAGGGGAACCAUUUUCUGGGGACCACAGUGCCGAUGGAUUUGAGGUUACCCCAAGAAAUGGGUCCUCAGGAAGGGAGAUUUCCCCUGUGAGUGAAACGCCUUCUAGUAGGGAACUGUCCUCGGGGAUCGACUAUGAUUAUGCAGAAGAGUAUGAUAACGAACCACAAAUAUCUGGCUAUAUUGUAGAUGAUUCAGUCCGAGUUGAACAGGUAGUUAAGCCCAUGAAAAACAAGACAGAAAGUGAAAAGACUUCAGAUAAACCCAAAAGAAAGAAAAAAGGAGGCAAAAAUGGAAAAAAUAGAAAAAACAGAAAGAAGAAAAAUCCGUGUGAUGCAGAAUUCCACAAUUUCUGUAUUCAUGGAGAAUGCAAAUAUAUAGAGAACCUGGGAGCAGUAACAUGCAAAUGUCAUCAGGAUUACUUUGGUGAACGGUGUGGGGAAAAGUCCAUGAAGACUCACAGCAUGGUUGACAGUGAUUUAUCAAAAAUCGCUUUAGCCGCCAUAGCUGCCUUUGUGUCUGCCGUGAGCUUCACAGCGAUUGCUGUUGUUAUCACAAUCCAGCUUCGAAAACGAUACUUCAGGGAAUAUGAAGGAGAAGCUGAGGAACGAAAGAAACUUCGACAAGAAAAUGGAAAUGUACAUGCCAUAGCAUAACGGAAGGGUAUCGGAUCGGAGUCACUGCCAAGUCACAACCACGAGUGAUGCGCUGGCUCCUCUUUUUGGUGGAUCAUAAGAAAACGGAACCUUUUCGUUUUGAUGGUUUUAAACUUUCAAUUGCCACUUUUUAUGCUAAGUCUUAUUUCUGUACAUAAAGAUGCAUGGAGAUAAAAAGUAUUUUUUCAAGUUGUAAAUAAUUUAUUUAAUAUUUAA